UACUUAGAACGAUGACCCAAAAUCCUGGUUCCACCAAUCCGCUUCAUGGCUGUUUUGACAAUCUCGUCCCAUGGCUGCUUUCGUUGACUCGAUCGCCGUUCGUCCUUUUGCUUCAACUCUGUCUCUCAAUCUCUCUCAUUUGCGUUCCAAACCGUUCUUUUCUUGAAGGAAUCAUGUCUUCUUCUUCAAUCACUCUGUUCUGCGCCGUAAUUUCGAUUCUAAUCUCCAUGUCCAUGUCAGUCUCCGCUACAGAGUUCAUCUUCAACACGAAUUUCACUUCCACUAAUACUCUGCUCUUCGGCAACGCUACCGUUGAUUCAUCUGUUCUUAUUCUCACAAGGGAUUCAACUUUCACCAUCGGCCGUGCUCUAUACCCUUCCAAAAUCCCGGUCCGUUUCUCCGAUUCUUCUUUUUCCUUUGCAACUUCCUUCAUCUUCUCCGUCACUCCACAGCCAAAUCACCUCCCCGGCCAUGGAUUCGCCUUUCUCUUCACACCUUCUACUGGAAUCAAUGGCACGAGCUCGGCUCAGAAUUUGGGGCUUUUCAAUUUCACCACUAAUGGUAACCCUAAUAACCAUGUCUUCGCUGUUGAGUUCGAUUCCUUCCAAAAUCAAGAGUUCAACGACUCGAAUGAUAACCAUGUGGGUGUAGAUUUGAAUUCUCUUGAGUCUACUGCCUCAUCUACAGCAGGGUUUUGGAAUGAACAUGGAGAAUUCAAGGAGUUGAGGAUCAACAAUGGAGAAAUUUAUCAGGUUUGGAUUGAAUGCUUAAACUCUUUGGUUAAUAUUACAAUGGCUGAAUUGGGAAUGAGAAAGCCUAGAAAACCAUUGAUAUCUCUGUCUGUGGAUUUCUCUGAAUUGCUUUUGGAUGAGAUGUUUGUAGGAUUUACAGCCUCCACAGGGCAAUUAGUUCAAAGCCAUAAGAUAUUAUCAUGGAGUUUUAGUACCUCUAAUUUGUCAAUUGGUGAUGCUUUAGUAAGAACGAAUUUUCCAUCAUUUGCUCCUCAUAAUGACUCUAUUUUUAACUCAAUAGCUUUCAUUGUGGGGAUAAUUGUGGGUGGUUCUGGGCUUGUGAUCAUCUGUUGUAUUGUGGUCUAUGUUCUUGUAAUUAUCAAAAGAAGGGGAAGAAAGAAACCAAUGGAUGAUGAUAUUGAAGAUUGGGAGUUGGAAUAUUGGCCUCAUCGGUUUGCUUAUGAUGAUGUUUAUGCAGCAACUGAUGGGUUCUCAGAGGCCAAUGUUGUUGGCUUUGGGCGUAAUGGAAUGGUCUAUAAAGGGGAAUUAGGGAGAUCAAAGGUUGCUGUGAAGAAAAUCUCUGUUGAAACUGAGUGUGGAAUGAGGGAGUUUAUGGCUGAGAUUUCGAGUCUCAGACGAUUAAAACAUAGAAAUUUAGUAAAACUUAUAGGAUGGUGCAAGAAAGAGAAUGGAAGCUUGAUCUUAGUGUAUGAAUUCAUGGAAAAUGGAAGUUUAGACAAGAAGUUGUUUGAGUGUGAUGAGAAUACGACGCUGAGUUGGGAGAAAAGGAUGAAGGUUUUGAGCGAUGUAGCGACGGGGCUGCUAUAUCUGCAUCAAGGUUGGGAUUACAAGGUUAUACAUAGUGACGUUAAAGCAAACAACGUGCUACUCGACAAGGACAUGAAUGCAAGGUUAGGAGACUUCGGGUUGGCUCGAAUGCAACCCAACAAGAGAAUGGUAGACAAAAAGCAAGUGGUGGGAACUGUUGGGUACCUGGCGCCAGAGGUGGUUCGAACAGGGCGAGUAUCGAUGCAAGGCGACGUUUUCGGGUUCGGGGUGUUGGUUUUGGAGGUGGUUUGUGGGCGGAGAGCAAUGGAAGAAGGGAAGCCAUUGUUGGUAGAUUGGAUGAGAGGAGUAAUGGAGAGGAAUGAGGUUGUAGUGGCUGUUGAUGAGAGAUUGAAAGUUGAAGAGGUUGGAGAAGAGAUUGAUGAAAUGGAGAGAAUGGUUUGUUUGGGAUUAUUAUGUGCACAUCCUGAGGCUGGUGCAAGGCCAACAAUGCAACAAGUUAUGAACAUCUUGGGUGAGAUAAACGGAGAUAACUCAAAUCAUCGAACGUUUGAACAAAUCAAAACAUCUUCUUCUUCAACAUCCUUCGUUGAAUCAGACGUUUUAAAGAGUGGUCGUUAGCUGAACUUUGAUUGUUUUAAUACAGGGACGACGGAUUCAGUCUUAGACUUCAUUAUGUAAAUUCAGUGUUUAUACUAUGUUUAGAUGAUGUGAUCAUAGCUACUCAUUUAUUUUGAUUCAUUUUUGUAAAAGAAGUACUUAGUGUGAAAGAUUUGAAUUAGAGGCUCGAUAUGGAGGAAAAUACUUCUGUGAGAAUUGGCGUUAACCUUACUAGUAUCUAGCCUUUGACAUGUUGUAUAUUCAAACCCAUUUGCAUGUGGUUUUCGAACUCCGACAUACUAUAGGUUGGUCUCCUCUCGAUUGCUUCCUUCUUUCCUCGACAACGUUUAGCUCGGAUAUGUCAAGUUGGGGACUAGGGAACGUUGAUGUUUCUCUUACCUAUCCUUUCAAGACGAUUUGCUCAGAGGUGGGGACAAUGGACCAGUGGUUUUUCGGCCGGACCCCUGAGCAUGAUGGGAUACUGAUAUCUGUGGACGUGGUCAAGCACCAUAUCCCAACUUAGUCGGAGUCGAGCUCGAGCAUCACAUCUUGCCAAUAUGAAAUUGGCACCAACACAUGAUAUUGCACAUACAAAUUCUCUACACUCGCCCAGAGUUGGAGGCUCCUUUGCCAUCCUUCAUGCUUCAAUUGGAUAUAAUCUUUCAUUUGCUUGGUUGCCAUAAAGCUUUUGAGAUGAUGCAUAAUGUUCAAAUUUGAGAUGAUCCUUCAAUAUCGAGAGAGGGGAAUAGCACGCACGUUCAAGUUGUUCAACGACAUCAUACUGUUCCCUGCCCCCUAAACGAAGCGAUAUUUGAGAUGAAGAUAACGUGAGGUUGCCUUCACAAGUCAACUUUACAACUAGAAGUACUUCAAUGAUAUAUCCCGAUUCCCAACACACAUAAACCUUAAUGAAAGUGUACGUUGUCUAAGGAGCUUUGGAGGCAUGUCUUCUCUUCUAAUGUUUCUUUUGAAUACAUGAUAUGAAUGAUUGGACAACGUUAGACCA